UCGAUCUCGAGCUGAAGCGUGACUCAUUCCCCCCUUUUGAUAUAAUCGCAGUUUGGUACAGCACUAACUUCACUGCCAAGGCCAAGCGACAUCUAUAGGCGAACUUCAACAAUAUGAUGAAUGCGUUGUUAGCUCCAUCUAGUGACAAUAACUAGAAUAAGAUAAACUAGAAAGUGGUGUCUUUUUUGUAGCAACUGUGGCAGUCACAGUUUAAAAGCCUACAUUAAAUUUAGAAUUAAAUUAUUAUACGGAACUUAAGUAGUUAACUUUUGAUUACUUACGGUUAUGGCUAAAAUGCCGUUAAGCGUACCUUCCAAGAAUCUACAGAGAGGGCCAUUCCAGAAACUUAUGUUUACAAUCGAGAAUAAUUUUGAGAACUUAAGACAUGUCCGAAAUGUCACUUCUGAUACUAUUCCCAACAAGGACGAAAUGCUUUAUAACUGUAUUGUUGACAAUAUGGUUGAAGUGUGCCUGCAAUUUGAUCAUACUCUCCUAAAAUUCAAUCCAGGAAAAGAAAAUUCCGUGCAAAUAUCUGUCAUGAUUGCAGCUAUGAUACUUGAGCCAGCUAAACAUAACACAGUUAUAUUGAAAGUAACAUGCAAUGAACUUAAUUAUUCAGAGCAGAUUACUUGUACCGAACACUGGUUAGAAUUUAUAAGUAUUGGUGAAAAAGAGGUUAUUCUAACAAAGGAUCAGUUUAAAGUUUCAACUGACUUAGAAAUAAAUUUAAGUGUAAUUAAGAAAGAACCAGUUACUUUCGCAAAACUUUAUGAUGAUACAAUCUUGGCGGAUUUCCAGCUGAGCACUGCAGAAGGUAGUAUAGCGGUACACAAAGUAUGCCUGGCCGCUCAUAGUGAUGUAUUUAAAACAAUGUUUAAUGGACCUUGGAAAGACACUUCAAAUGGUCGUGUGGGAUUAGCAGUUGCGUUGAGCAGUCUACAACACUUUAAGGACUAUAUUUACUUGGGCAAGCUGCCUGAUGAAGAAGAAGGCCUGCAAUCUCUAUUGCUUCUUUCUUCAUUAUACUUUAUGGAAUCUCUAAAGUCUGAAUGCAUUUCCAAGUUGAUGGAACUGGUCAAACCUGAAAAUCUGUACAGCCUUGUGGAAUUUGCUUGUAAAAAUAAUAUACCGGAUUUGACAUUUUCUAUGCUUCUGGAAGUUCCUGAUGAUGUUGUUCAUAAAACUUAUAAACUGAGGAAAAGUAAACAGACCUGUAUACAAGAAGACAAAGAACAUCAUACCAGUUAGAGCAAUCUCUGGUAGUCUACCUUACUUUGUUUUCUUACUUUGAACAUGAUAAUCUCUAAUUUUUAAUUUCUGCUAUCAUAGAUUACUUAUUUACACAUAAUAAUUGUAAAAGUACUUAUUAAGAGGAGUACUCACCUAGUAAAACCCUCUGAAAUUGUGUAUUCUCAUUUGGCCCUGCCCCACGGGACCGUCAUCAUACAUGAGAGGGACAGAUGGGUAUGAUUCAUACUCGCAGCUAUUCCCAUCUGUGCCCAGUGGAGACAAAUAUGAAUACACCUCUCAACUAUGUGUAGUGUAGACAA